GCAUGCGAGUUUGUUUGGAUUUCCAUGUGACACCGACUUCAUUUAAAAUAAGAGAUAAAACCCCGGGAACUGUAACGCUGUCUGUCUGUGCAUCGCAGCAGUCAUGGGCAAAAAGGGCAAGAAAGAAAAGAAGGUGAAGGGCGCCGAGAAGACAGCCGCCAAAAUGGAGAAAAAGGUUUCGAAGAGGUCCAAACGAGAAGAGGAGGAUUUGGAAGCUCUGAUUGCUGAGUUUCAGAAUCUGGAUGCAAAGAAGACCCAAGUUGUAGAGACAACAUGUCCACCUCCAUCACCAAGAUUGAAUGCGUCUCUCUCUGCCCAUCCUGACAAAGAUGAACUCAUCCUGUUUGGAGGAGAGUUCUUCAAUGGAAAGAAGACGUACCUUUACAACGAUUUGUUUUUCUACAACAUCAAGAAGAACUGCUGGGUGAAAUCAGAGAUCCCUAACCCUCCUCCCCCACGCUGCUCUCACCAGGCAGUGGUAGUUCCCCAGGGUGGGGGUCAACUCUGGGUGUUUGGGGGAGAGUUUGCUUCUCCAAACGGGGAACAGUUCUACCACUACAAGGACCUUUGGGUGCUGCAUCUGGCUACACACACCUGGGAGAACAUCAAGGUGCCUGGUGGUCCAUCAGGGCGCAGCGGCCACCGGAUGGUCCUCAGCAAGAAACAGCUGCUUGUGUUUGGAGGUUUCCAUGAGACCACCAGGGAUUUUAUCUACUACAAUGAUGUCUACUCAUUCUCCCUGGACACCUUCUCCUGGUCACGCCUCACUCCAUCAGGCUCCGCCCCCUCCCCGCGCUCUGCCUGUCAGAUGACCUCCACACCAGACGGAACAGGUGUCAUCAUCUACGGGGGAUACUCUAAAGUGAGAGUGAAGAAGGAUGUGGAGAAGGGGACCAUCCACGCUGACAUGUUUCUUCUGAAGCGAGAGGGUAAAGAUGGCCAAGAGAAGUGGUCGUGGUCCAGGAUUAACCCCUCUGGUAGCAAGCCGACUCCUCGCUCUGGGUUUUCUAUGGCGGUGGGCCCAGCAGGGCGGGCGGUGCUGUUUGGCGGGGUUUGUGAUGAGGAAGAGGAGGAGUCACUGGAGGGAGACUUCUAUAAUGACCUCUAUUUGUAUGACACAGUGAAGAACCGCUGGUUCCCCGGCCUGCUCAGGGGAAACAAGUCAGAGAAGAAGAAACGACGGAGGGGCAAGAAGGGUGGAGCGGAGUUGGAGGAAGCGGAGGAGGAGGAGGAGGAGGCGGCACCUCAAGCACCCACUGAGGUCAUCAAGGAGAUUGUCACCGAGGACGGCACAGUGAUGACCAUCAAGGAAGUGAUCCCUGGAGCUCAGGAGGAAGAGGAGGAGGAGGAGGAGGAGGAAGAGGAGGAGGUUUUUAUCUCUUCACGUUCAGCCUCGGCACCCCUGGUGGAGCCCUGCCAGAGGUCCAGCGCUAUGGCAACAGUACGUCAGGGCAAGCUCUUCCUGUACGGGGGGAUGUUCGAGGUUGGCGACCGCCAGUUCACCCUGAACGACUUCUACUGCCUGGACCUCCACAAGAUGGACCAGUGGGAGGUUCUGGUUGAAAUGGAUCCUAAGACACAGGAGUGGCUCGAAGAGUCUGAGUCAGAGGACGAUGAGGAGGAGGAGGCGAAAGGAGCAGACGGGGAGGAAGAGGACGACGAGUCUGAAGAGGAAAGCGAGGAUGAGGAAGAUGAAGAAGAGCACCCCACAGUGCAGGAUGGAGAGGCAAUGACGGAGUACCAGGUCCGUACAGAGCAGUACUGGAUAGAACUGGCGCGUGCCAAAAUGGGCCCUGAUGCCAAGGACAAAAAGGUCGCCAAGGUCGCCCUCGCCAUGUCUAAAGUCUUCUAUGAAGACCAGUAGUGGGAUACGCCAACCUGUCUGAGUGACUGUGAGUGUGCUGUUUGUGUGUGUGUGUAAAAAGUUUUUGGUAAUUACCUUUUAUAAAACAUGUCAUUUGAACUGUACUGCAAAUAAUCCAGUAAUGCAAAUUUAGACCAGAUGAACUGUUUCCAUUUGUGAGUAAACCAUUCAGCCAAACGGUUUUCAUUCAUUUUAAAUAAAAGGACUCUCUCCUCUGACCUCACUAUAUAAUGUUUAACAUGUCUUAAUUAUAUUGCUGCUGUCAGUUUUGAGACCAGUUUGCAUGUGGUUUUGGUUUUGUGAGGACUGACACGUUGGAGGUUGUGCAUACUGCCAGUUGUCCACCUUCUCUAUAACAUGAUUCUUUGUUCACACAUAUUCUGAAAUCGGACAGAUGUUUUUGUAACUUGCCUCCUUUAUUGUAGUAAGAUGAAGCACAGAGAGAAACUGCUGCUCGAUCAUGAAUCCUUGAAAUUGUGUGCUUCUGGUCACACUCGAUCACUAACGUCACAGCAGGUUUUUUAACUUGGAAGCAUCUUAGAUUUCUUCAAAAGUUCAGAGAGUUGUGUAGCAAACCACAAGAAGUACCAAAACUAAAGCUUGUCUACACUUACACCUGCAUCCAAUAAUUUUUUUGCCCACUCGGGGUCAGCAGAACAAGCUGUAAACACAACAUCGACAUAUUAUCAGAGGAUACAAAGCAAUGUUAGCAUUCAUUGGAAAUUUAGUUCCUGGCUGCCAAAACAGACAAUUUGCAGGCCCUAAAACCAAAACAUUGAGCUUUAUAUAUUUAUAUAUAUGAGCUGUCUCAUAUAUAUAAAUAUAUAAAAUAAAUGAUCCCAGUGUGGUGAGGACAGAUUAGAACAGUGGUAAUACAAAGUGCAGAAUCGUCGAAAAAUGCAAAUGAAUGUCUGAUUAUGCAUCAGAGCAAUGGAUGUAGCAAGUAAAAGCAGGAAAUAAAUUAAAUUAAAUUAACCCACAAUGUGCUUGCCCUUCAAAUUUUAUGUCUUAAUUCUGAUUUUCAACCUGAUAAUUCUCCAAGGAUUAUUUUAAAAUAAUCCAGUAUCAUGAUGUACCAUGUAUUAAUGUGUUUCUAGAUGGGAUG